AUGGGCUCCACCGAGGACGAUCCGGUCAUCUCCUCCUACGACGUUUUCCUCACUGACUCCGAGAUCUCUCGCUAUGUCUUCCAAUACCUCGAUCGCCCACAAUCCAAGCCAUAUAAUGAAAGAAAGGGCCAAAAACCGACGGUCAUGCGCAUGAAGCCUGGGUCGGGUCUGGUCGAGCUUGACGUGCCCAUCUUUACCCGAUGCACCUACGAUGCGGAGAAGGGACUUCGAUACGGCGAUGCCAUGAAGAAGGGCCGCCUUGCGCGCAAUGGCGGAGCUUACGGCAUGGCUGGUGGCUUCAGCACUGGCGGUAUACCUGGCAGUGGAGGACGAGUCAAGGCAGAAGGCAAUGAUGACAUUGAGGUGUUGGACAACAAGAAGGCCAUGGAUCCGUCUUCAAUAGUCAGGACACAGGCGCUGGGUGGGCGUAUCAAGCCUGCAGAGGAAGGCGAUCCAGUUUAUAUGCUGGCUACUUUCAAAGGAAAAAACUUGCAUCUGUCCCCCGUGUCCGCCGUGGUCCAAUUACAACCACAGGUUCACCAUUUGGACGCAAUGGAUGAAUUGCCCAAGAGCAAAGGUGCUCGGGGCAAGAAGGAGGACGAAGAACGUCCCGAGCCUGAGGCACGCGCCAUCGACGUUAAGGUCAAGGGCGCAGAUGAUGGAGGCGCCAUUCUUCACGGGAAUCUUGAUCUACUCAAGAAAAUGCAAGAAGAGCAGUGGAAGAACUUCGAAUGGAUCGAUGCAGAGACCGAGGACUCCUGGUAUACCUAUGAGAAUUACAUGAUGAACCAGAAGCCUGAUGAUCUGCCCCAGUUGAAGGCUACUAUCGACAGCGAGGAUUAUUUGGAUGGUAUGAGUGCUCCGCGGAUUGAUCCAGCGCGGCCCGAAUUGACCGGAUGGGCAAUGAAACAAAACCGGCAAAAACAGAUGGAAGGGCCCUCAGAUAGCGAGGAUGAAAGCUGA